AAGAGAUGCAGUCUUCAUAUUAAUGCUAAUUAAUAAUAUCUCAGCUGGUGGACGCAUUCAUUCAUGAAACAGUUUUUUUUUCUCUUCAUGGCUCCAAAGAAGGACGAUGGAUCAGUUAUGUGAGUAUCCUGAUAGUCUUGAGCACAAGUAAAAUUACUGCAGUAUUUAACACAGGUGUUCAACUCUGACUACAACUACUGCAAGAAUAAAGCACAGAUAGACUUAAUGCUGAGUGAGCAAUAAAUUACUAAAACCUUUGUCCAGACGGUUCUGUUUGCAGCUGUAAAAUGCCACGCAGACACAUUCAAACACAACGUCCUGAUGGUUUCACAGCCUGCGUCGCUGUGCUGCUGCUCACACUGGGCCUCAGCCACAGCGCUGCCCUCAGCGUCAAAGACAUCCUGGCUGAUUGUCUGCACGACAGGGACUACGAUACGCUGCUCCGCACAGCCAAGCGCGGCCUCACGCCCAUCAAUACGGCUCAUCAUGUCGUGAUAGUUGGAGCUGGCAUGGCCGGACUGACGGCUGCCAAACUGCUGAAGGAAGCAGGACACCAGGUGACCGUGGUGGAGGCCAGCGGUCGCGUUGGAGGACGAGUGGAGACCUACAGGAAGGAAGAAGAGAAUUGGUACGCUGAGCUGGGGGCCAUGAGGAUCCCAGACCCCCACCACAUCGUUCUCUACUUUGCUGACCACCUGGGCGUCCAACUCAACGACUUCAUCAUGGAGGACAAAAACACCUUUGUCCUGGUUAACGGACAGAAGGUUAGAACAGAAACAGCGAACUCACACCCUGACGUCCUUCACUACAACGUACGAACCAGCGAAAAAGGGAAAAGAGCUGACCAGCUGCUGCAGCACGCGCUGGAGAAGGUGGAAGAGGAAGUGAAGACUCGUGGCUGUUUGGCUGCACUGAGAAAAUACGACCGUUACUCUGUGAAGGAGUACCUGAAAGAAGAAACGUGUUUGAGCUCUGAAGCCGUGAGGAUGAUUGGAGACCUGCUCAACGAGCAGAGCCUCAUGUACACGGCGCUGAGUGAGAUGAUCUACGACCAGGCAGACAUCAAUGACAACAUUACGUAUAAGGAAGUUACUGGUGGCUCUGACCUUCUUCCCUGGGCUUUUCGUAAAGCUCUUGAAGCUCUCAAUGUCUCUAUUCUCGUCAACUCCACAGUCAAACGUAUCAACCAGUCACCAAACCACGUAACUGUGUCGUAUCACUCAAACUCUGCUCUUCAUGACCUUCCAACUGACGCUGUCCUGGUAACAACCACAGCCAAAGCAGCACAGUUCAUCGACUUUCAGCCACCACUGUCUGGUAAAAAGCAGCAGGCUCUGAGGGGGGUCCACUAUGACAGCUCCACCAAAGUCAUCCUCACCUUCAGUAAAAGGUUCUGGGAGAAAGACUGCAUCCGAGGAGGAAAGAGCAUCACCGACGGGCCGUCCCGCUUCAUCUACUACCCCAGCCACAGUUUCCCCAAAAAUGAGACAGUGGGCGUCCUCCUGGCCUCCUACACCUGGUCUGAUGAGUCGCUCCUCCUCCACGGUGCCAGUGAUGAGGACCUGAAGGAGGUGGCUCUGAGAGACUUGGCCAAGAUCCACGGUGAGCACGUUAGGAGUCUCUGCACUGGAGUCAUUGUGAAGAGAUGGAGCUUGGAUCCUCAUUCCCUCGGUGCGUUCGCGCUCUUCACCCCGUACCAGCAUUUAGAGUACGCCAGGGAGCUGUUCCAAGCGGAGGGCCGGGUGCACUUUGCUGGGGAGCACACAGCUUUCCCUCACGCCUGGAUCGAAGCAGCCAUGAAAUCUGCCAUCAGGGCAGCGACCAACAUUAACCGAGCAGCACUUUCACAUUCAGAGUCGCCAACAGCACGAGAUGAGCUCUAGAACUAAGAGACGAGUUCCAAACAAAUACCAUCUAGUCUCACCUGUCUAUUUCAGAGUUGAAUGCUGCUGUCAUAGACCAUAACAAUUACACUUGGUAAAAUAAAGGUCAUACAGUACAAGCAGGAAACGCUACACAAAAUGAGCAUACAAAUAUAUUUUUAAUCCAAAAGUUGUCAGUUAAGACAAAGCCUGUUUUACUUACCCCUAUUUUAACUUACUUACUACUUACAGGUAAUUAGACCAAGACAGCUGUUUGCUUUGAUGUUCUGUAAAAUGAUAAAAAUGUGUAUUUGUCCUUGUGACGAUUCUCUUGUAAUAAUACAGGACUAAAACUCAGUAGUUUAAUUUCAUACAACUGUAUGUAUCUGACUUAUUCUUUUGAAAAUCACCACAAAGUACAUAAACACAUGUAACCAGGUAGUAUAAACAUAUUGCUUUCUGGCGAAAUCCAAUUAAUUAUUAUUUAUACAAACCAGUUUGACAAGUCCAGUGGUUACUACUGCGGUGGAACAGCAGAGGAUGCAAUGCGGUCUGAGUAGCGGUGAUCAGCGAGGUUAGAGGACACGCUGAGAGUAGAAGUGGGAGAAUGAGGAAAUGGCUGCCGACACGAGCGGUGAGGAAAGAAUGAUCGUUAGCCAUCUAUGAUGUACAGAGCACAAAUAAUGCUGUGUGUUUACUGAAUUUUCUUCCAUAUAUAUUUUAUAUUCUCUAUAUUGUGUCAUUAUUGUGUUAGGACUGUGAAUGUGUAUGGAGUAGCUACGAAGCUCAUGUUUGCUGGAGUGUUACACGUGUUUGGUAGGAAACUGCUUAAUUCUUAUGUUAAAAUAUUUAAUGUGUAAUAUGUACUUGUUUUAUUUAGAACAACACGUUAUUCUUGGGAAUCUAUCUCAUGUACAGCCAUUGUAAAGAGAUGUUUAGGGGCAGUGUGAUGACUUUUUUUUAAUCUGCCCAUUUAGGUGCCACUGCCGUAUACUAUUAGAGUAUUGUACCGUUGCAUCUUAUUUUCUUGCCUUGAGUUCAUUUUUUUAUUUUACAUUUCUAUUUUUUGUAAAUCAUUUACUUUAAAUAGGUAAAUACCAAAACAAUAAAUACGGGAAACAAAGACCCCACGAAAAUUUUG